AUGGCCUCUGUUGCAACACGAAAGUGUAAGAACUGUGGUUCGACAGAUUUUGGUCGGGAUAUCAGCAAUACAACAAAUGAACUCAUCUGUAAAGAGUGUGGUUUAGUGACCGAGGAGAACUCUAUAGUGUCAGAAGUCACGUUUGGAGAAACUAGCAAUGGUGCAGCAGUAAUCCAAGGUUCGUUUGUGAGCGCCAACCAGGCGCAUCCCAGUUUUAUGUCGCACUCGGGACAGAACGCGUUAAUGUCUAGAGAAACAACGCUUAAUAAUGCUAGAAGGAAGUUAAAGGCGGUGUCGUAUGCGUUGAAUAUUCCAGAGUACGUUACUGAUGCGGCUUUCCAGUGGUACAAGUUAGCUUUGAGUCACAAUUUCGUGCAAGGGCGUAAGUCCCAGAAUGUGAUUGCUGCUUGUUUGUAUAUUGCGUGUCGGAAAGAGCGCACGCACCACAUGCUUAUCGAUUUCUCCUCGCGGCUGCAGGUGAGUGUUUACUCUAUUGGUGCUACUUUUUUGAAGCUAGCGAAGAAGUUACACAUCGUGAAUCUCCCUCUAGCGGAUCCGUCGCUUUUCAUCCAGCAUUUCGCGGAGAAACUGGAGCUUGGCGAUCGCAAGAUUAAGGUGAUCAAGGAUGCAGUCAAGUUGGCGCAGACGAUGUCUAGGGACUGGAUGUACGAGGGAAGACGUCCUGCUGGUAUUGCUGGUGCCUGUUUGUUGCUUGCGUGUCGGAUGAACAACUUGCGCAGAACACACUCUGAGAUCGUGGCCAUCUCCCAUGUGGCGGAGGAAACGCUCCAACAGAGAUUAAACGAGUUCAAGAACACUACAUCGGCCAAGAUGUCAGUGAAGGAGUUCCGUAACGAUGAAACAGAGUUGAAGGAUGGUGAGAGAAGCAAAGACGCAAAACCACCAAGUUUCGAAAAGAAUAGACUCAAGGAGAAGAAGAUCAAGGACUCGUUGGACACCAACGAAAUGCUAGAGACAAGCGAAGAAGCGCUUUCCAAGAAUCCAAUUUUGACUCAGGUGCUCGGAGCACAAGAGUUAUCCUCGAAGGAAGUCUUGUACUACUUGAAACAGCUUUCCGAGCGCCGAAAGACCGAGUUCAGUCGGAUCAAGGCAACCCACGGCAUCGACGGUAAGGAUUUGCCCUCAGAAGAAAACAAUGAGGACGAAAACGAAAAGAAAAGAACAAUCGACGAUAUCGAUGGAUACUCUCUAGAGAAGGACCCUUAUAGGCCGAAAAACUUGCACCUAUUGCCAACAACGGCCUCGUUGCUAUCUAAAGUUAGCGAUCACCCAGAGAACCUGGAAGACGUGGAUGACGCUGAAUUAGAUUCCCAUUUGUUGGACGAAGAGGCGUCGAAACUUAAGGAACGUAUAUGGAUCGAUAUCAACGGUGACUAUCUUUUGGAACAAGAGUCCAAGAGACUCAAACAGGAAGCAGAUUUGGCUAGUGGUAACACCUCACUACGGAAAAAACGCACAAAACGUGCCAAGAAACAAAACACAGACGCUGCAAGCAUUGUCAAGGUCCAAAUGGAUGGUCUUCCGCUCGAUGUCUCCCUUGAUGAGACGACUGCUGUUGAAGUGGCUGCCGCUGGAAGCGUCAACAACAUACUGCAAAAGAACAGUUUCUCGAAAAAGAUCAACUACGAUGCCAUCGACGGUCUUUUUGGGCAGAAAUAG